AUGCCAAAUGAACCACUACUAGAUAUACCCAUAGCGAUCCGGUUUGAUGUAGAUACCUAUGUUCCAGAUUAUGAUAUUCAAGAAGAAUAUCGAAAUUAUAUUCAACGUCAUGGUAUACGAUCGUUCUUGAAUAAAUACAUCCCCGAUAAUAUCACCAAGAUUGAAGUUUGUGAAUUGAUUCUUGAUUUAGGUUAUAGUCGAGAUAAUGUCAGACAUCAUGAAACUCAUACUACAAAGGAAUUAGCCGGAAUCUUAGUUAAUUUACUUUUAGAAGACAUUAAAUUAAGAUUACCUGCCACUAAAGAUGGGAAAAGAAUAUAUUCAAUUAGCCAAUUUAUCAAUGAUUUACGUUUACUGUCAAAUGUGUUGAUCAUUACCGGUGCAGGGAUAUCCACAUCUCUUGGAAUUCCAGAUUUUAGAUCUAUACAGGGUCUUUAUAAUCAGUUAUCUCAUUUACAUUUAAAUGAUCCUCAAUUGGUAUUUGAUAUCAAUGAAUUCACUAAACGACCUGAAACAUUCUAUUCUGUGGCUCAUUUAAUCUUACCUCCUGAAGAUAAAUUUUCAUUAUUACAUGCUUUUAUACGAAUGUUACAAGAUAAAAAACAAUUAUUAAGAAAUUACACUCAAAACAUUGAUAAUUUAGAAUAUUAUGCCGGUAUAGAUCCUUCCAAACUUAUUCAAUGUCAUGGAUCCUUUGGUACCGCUAGUUGUUUAACUUGUCGUAGUAGGUUUGCCGGUCCAAAAAUAUUCAAUCAUAUAAAACAAAAACAAAUCCCUCGUUGUUCUUCAUGUUGGAAAAAUACUCAAGAAGCUGCUAUAAGUUAUGGAGUAAUUAAACCUGAUAUAACCUUCUUUGGAGAAGAUCUACCUAAAAAGUUUUAUAAAUCAAUUGUAAAUGAUUCUAAAAAAUGUGAUUUAGUCCUUGUGGUAGGAACAUCAUUAAAAGUUGAACCGGUGGCUAGUAUUAUCGAUAAUAUUCCAAGACGUAUCCCUAGAGUAUUGAUUAAUAAGGACCCCUUACCAGAUCGUGAUUUCGAUUUAACUUUGCUUGGGUAUAGUGAUGCUAUUGCUUCACUUAUAUGUUCUAAAAUGGGACCAGAAUGGAGUAUUCCUCAUCAUCAAUUUGAACAAGAUUUAACAUCCGAUUUCGUUCCUCAUGAACGAUUACCUAAAACUUUUAUAAUUGAAGAUUGA